AACUUGUCUUGCUUUCGUAGGACUGCGCUCCACUUGGCCUGUGCCAAAGGCCAUUCAGCCGUGGUAACUCUCCUCCUGGAGAGAAAAUGCCUGCUUAACCUCUGUGACAGUGAAAACAAGACCGCGCUGAUGAAGGCCGUAGAAUGCCAAGAGGAGGAGUGCGCGACUCUCCUGCUGGAGCACGGUGCCGACCCAAAUGUCACAGACGCCGAUGGCAACACCGCGCUCCACUACGCUGUCUUUUGCCAGAAUAUAUCACUCACGGCAAAGCUGCUUUCCUAUGACGCCAAUAUAGAAGCCAGGAACAAGGAUGACCUGACACCACUAUUAUUGGCCAUAAGUGAAAGGCAACAGCAAAUGGUGGAAUUUUUAGUAAAGAAAGAAGCAAAUAUACACGCGGUUGAUAAGAUGAAAAGAACCGCCCUCACACUUGCUGUCCAUUACGAGUCUAUGAGUGUAGUCAGUCUUCUCCUUCAGCGAGGCGCUGACGUCUUUUCUCGAGAUGUCUUUGGAUGGACUGCAGAAGAAUAUGCUUCUCUUCGUGGAUUUGAUUUCAUUUGCCAACUGAUCUCUGAAUAUAAAGAAAAGAGGCCUAAAACUCCUCCCGAAAAGAGCAACCCAGUGGAUACGAGUUCUGAAGAAGACUCUUUAAGCAGGUUUUCCAACAAACCUGGUGCUGACUCAUGGCCUCCGUCAGAUGAUGAAGUCUUAGAUUUUGAAACCAAGGUAAAGUGCACUCUUGUGAAAUUAGUUUCCGCAUUCUGA